CCCACAUGAGCAGGUCAUACGCAAACACUGACUAGCCAAAUCGAGAACGUCUAUUGUUUUCCUAGAUCUGGUACUGAGCUGUUCAAGGUGGCGUUAUCGUGUCAUUGUCCCAAGGAAUGGUGGGUAGAGAUGUAGAAAGGCAAGGUCUCGACGAGACUGCGGGCAAGGCCAGCGCUACCACGCCUGUUCGACGACGUACUCGAGCUCGAAAAGACAGUCAAGAAUUCGCAAGAGUUAGUUCUUCGAGGCACCAUUUACGAAUGGCUAGUGCAGACGGUACUGGUAAGACGACUCGAAUCUCCUUGGCUUGUAUAGCUUGCCGAUCAAGGAAGCAUAAGUGUAGUGGAGAAAAACCCCGGUGCGCCCAAUGUACAACGAACAACAUUGCUUGCGAGUGGCCGACUCAACAGAAACGCGGGCCACCAAAGCAGUACAUCAAUAGCUUGGAAACACGUUUGCUCGAAACAGAGUCUGUACUCCUCGGGCUGCUGUCAACUGUGUCUUCCGAGCAGCUGCAAGUUGCCUUCCAUCACAUAGCCUCAUCUGGAGUUGCCCAAGCUCCGUCCCAGUAUCAGUCCGAAAACGAAUCUGACGGAGUAAACUCGAUUAGACCAAGCAAUUUAAAGCCAUCCCACUGGAGUUCAUUUCCACUGGACUCUCCGGAGAACGUGCGACGGUGGUGGGAGAGUAGAGUAUCAGAUGGGAAUCGCCAGCCUUUAUUAACUGGUAUCGAGGAGGAACCAGUAACGGAGUAUCCUACAGAAGAAAUGUCUCCUCCGACUAUGCAGCCAAUGGCUCAGUCUUCCUAUCUAGAUGAUACGAUCACGUCUCCAACUCCUUAUUUCCCCGACCAAGCGCCUCAACCUGCGUUCGUCGAUGCGCCACCGCAGCACUCUGUCCCACAAUCUGAUCUCACUUCACAGAGUGCUCUUAGCCCCAAUAACCGGCAUCAACAUUCUAUGUCUCAAGUCGACUCGCUCUCGCAAGUCAUUUCCGAUCCAGUCGAGCCUCAAGUCAGCAGUUCGAAUUUGGGGUAUCAUCAAAUAAAUUCUCCCAACGAUAUGGCAACAUCAAUUACCAACCGGAAUGAGGAUGGUGAAGGCGUCUUGAAGAUUUCCAGACAGUUCAAAAAUGACUUUUUGUGGUAGUAAC